GCAACACCAGUGGGCGGAACCAAGAUGAACCAACAGGAAACAGCAUCGAGAGACACGUUGAAUUACAGUUUAUAUGCUAGCUUCCUGUCUACGAAGAAAAGUCGAUCUUUAAGUUGUUUUAUAUUACUAAAUUGUCUUUAUCAUGGUAGUUGUUGACUCCGACAGUGUGACCGUAUUUCGACUUAAGGGGCUGCUGGAACUGAGAUGUCACCUGGACACCACAGAUGCACUACUUAUGCAGAAGGUAAUCUCAAGGACGUUUGAGACCCUUCGCUUGCAGGUGAAAUCGGAGUCCUGUGUUCUUGCAGUGUGUGACAGUCCUGUCAUUAUUUGGCCAAACAAAGGUAUUUAUGGAGAAAUACCCCCAAGUACACUAUGUGAAGAUGUACAUCAGUGGAUACAACUAGAUGAACAAGAGAGUGGUGGAAAGUGGUCAACAAAAAAGAAAAGUAAAAAAGGUUUGUCAGUGAAUGUCAUAAAGCUUUGCCUGAUGAUGGACGUGACGAAGCCAGGCCCUCUCUCUGCACCGAUCGCUAGCAAAACGGUCCAGAAAUCCCAUUUUCUGUCUGCAACUCUUCCUAUGGACUGUGUUGUGCGUCCGAGCUGCAAUGACACAAUCAAAGACACUUGUGAAAAACUGGUGGAGGCGCUAACUCACCAGCUGUGUGAGAUGGAGAAGGUGACCCUGCAGUACAUGAGGGGAACAACUCUGUUUAUACCUGAGCCGCUCCACUUUAAUCUUCCAGAGCCAAAAGGGCUGGUGACAGUGGUUUUUCCAGCAGGAGUUCCUGAUAGAGAAUUAGAGACACAACGCAGAGAGUUGCAUCAUCAGUUUGAACUCCCAGAUGACAGACCUUACUUCAGAAGAGCCAAUGUUUACCACUUUCCUAAUGAGCCCUAUAAAGACGGUUAUCUCAGAAACCCUCAUAUGUUUCUCACACAUCCUACCUUGGAUAAUGGGAAGUUGUACUUGGUCCAAGGAACCUACAGCUACCACCACUACAUGCAGGACCAUGUAGAUGACAAUGGCUGGGGCUGUGCUUAUCGCUCCCUGCAGACUAUCUGUUCCUGGUUCCAGCAGCAAGGUUAUGUAGAGCUGCCUGUGCCCAGUCACAAGGAGAUCCAACAGGCUUUAGUGGAUGUUGGUGACAAGCAGGCAUCCUUUGUGGGAUCACGUCAGUGGAUCGGAUCCAUCGAGGUUCAGGCUGUUCUGAGCCAUCUGCUUGGGAUCACUUCCAAGAUCAUGUUUGUGAGUCAAGGAUCUGAGUUGGCAUCUAAAGGCAGAGAACUGGCAAACCACUUCCUUACUGAAGGAACACCUGUAAUGAUUGGUGGAGGAGUUUUGGCUCAUACUAUCCUGGGUGUGGCAUGGAGCGAGACCACUGGGCAGAUUCGCUAUCUCAUUUUAGAUCCACAUUACACAGGAGCAGAAGACCUACAAGUUAUCACAGACAAGGGCUGGUGUGGCUGGAAAGGACCUGAUUUUUGGGAUCAAACUGCAUAUUAUAAUCUCUGUUUGCCUCAAAGGCUGAGGAUCAUCUGAACUCUACCGGACUUCCAUGUAGACCUUAUUUAGCGUUUGUACAACCCUUGGAAAUCUAUGGUGUAUAACUUUAACCUGUUAGAUGAUUUUUGUAAGUAAUUUUGUUCAGGCCCCUCAUAAAUACUUGCCUAGCAACAAAUCACACAAUCAGAAAUUGAUGCAAUAUUUUGUGGUAAAACGAAAAUUGAUUAUAUACUGUGCAUUCUGUACUUGGAAUGGGUUGAUAUAGCAAAGAAUGGUAAAAUACAAUAUGUUGCCUGAUUAUACUUGUUUUAAUUUGAAGAGCAUUAUCAAUUCAUUGCAGAGUUCUUAUUAUUUUUUUUUAUUUCAAAGACAAGUGAACCUAUACCAGUAAACACAGCUGACUCAAAGUAGAGGUUAGUUUUUUUUUGUGGCUCAUUAAUAUGAAAUCCAGUAGAGGUAUGCCUUGCAUUUAUUUGGACAAGACAAGGGUUCAACAAAUAAUUAAACUAUACCAAUUUUUUUUA